UUAUGUGUAACUUUACGGUCAGAGUACAUGGUUCAUGACACAAAUCUUUCCGCAGUGGAAGCUAAUUCUUAUUCACUGUCAUUACGAUGGGGAACGAACGUAAUUAUGGUGAUAGUGUAGUGCGUGGUUUGCAAGAGUUGACCAAUGAGGAUAAGAAAUAUGCGGCUGAAAAUUUGAACGAAACCGAUGGAAAUAGAGAGAAUGCUGUUGCAGAAAUUAAAUGCUGGAUCGAGGACGAAUUGCGCAUACGAAUCGAUAAUUUCCUUAUUCUGCGAUUCUUGAGAGUCUGCAAGUUUAAUCUUGAAAAAACUAAGAUUAGGAUGCAAAACUAUUAUAAGCAUCGAUCCAAAUUUCCGGAAUGUUACAUGAAUAAGGAUCCGUUUCAACCGGAACUGCAGAAGCUGCUUGAUAUGGGGUUGUUUUUACCUCUGCGAAAACUGGAUAAUCAAGGAAAAUUGAUUUUCAUUAUACGCGGUACUCGAUUUAAUCCAACAAAACAUAAACUAUCGGACUUUAUUAAGGUCGGUUGCAUGAUGACAGAGCUAGCGAUGAAGUGUAACGCCAUUGCAUCUGUAUAUGGUUGUGCAAUGUUCAUAGACGUGGUCAAUCCAACAGUACGGCACAUAGCUCUAUGUCAACCUCAUAUAUUUAUGAAUAUAGUACACGCGUGGCAUAGCUGCUAUCCUAUAAGGGUACAAUCGAUAAACUUUAUCAAUGCCCCGAGAAUUGCUGAUGGUAUUGUCAGGAUUAUGAAAUCUUUCAUGACGGAGAAGAUGAAGAACAGAUUUUAUGUCUACUCACACAUGUCGCAGAGCUGUUUUA